GAUCUAUUGAACUGGCUCUAAUUAUUUACACUUUUUUUGGAAGAAAAAAAAAAAAAUCCUCCAUACUUGGUCGUCACGUUGUUGCCUUGACUAAACCUUAACAGGAAGUGACAUCAUCAGUCAGAGCCCCCACCCCAGUUGUCAUGAAGUAUUAUUGCGUGUCUUAACUUUUGCGUGCACUGUUUGGUCUUUUUCCUCUGCCAGCGUGUGUGUGUGUGUGUGUGUGUGUGUGUACGCGAGUGUAUGUUUGUGUGCAUCCAUGUGUGUGUGUUUGUGUGCACGUGUGUUCCUGCAUAUACGCGCGUGUGCGUCUUUGCUGCAGCGUGUGGUCAACCACAGCACAUGCACAUCAUAUUAUUGGUCGGAGCUGUUUGCGCUGAGCAAAUCAUUCCACUAAGUCUCCCAGUGUUCUCUUUUAGGAUGCAUCCCACUUUUUUUUUUGCGCUUACUUGCCUCUAUUGAUAUGCGCCACAAUUGUAUUGUUAACGUAUGUUUGUCUUCAGAAGUGCACCGAUUGAGUGGGCGGCACCAACUUCCCGGAUAGCGGAGGUGUACCUAAUGUUGCGGCCGACGUAGCUCGUGAGGUCACCCAAACGGAGAGAAGGUGAGUCGACGCAACGCAACGCGUCGCUGUAACCUCCGCCGAGGAGGAGGAGGACUCGCCAACGUUUCCAUUGGUGAGCUGUUUUCGUCCCCCCCCCCCACACACACACACACGCACCCAGGUUUCCUCUUAUUGGCUGGCCGGGCGCCAGCCGUCUUUCUGCGGGGAGCGACGGUUUGCGAGCCCAGCGCGCAUUGUGAGUCGCUAGGAAACGCAUUCCUGUAGCGCCAGGCGGGCUGGAACACAGGAGGUGAGGAGAGACCUGCCCACUCGCUUUCAGAGGAGGAGAGGGAGAACGGAGGGGGGAAGCGAGGGCGACGGCGGGCGGGGUGGACAGGAAGCGGGCCUGACGAGCCAGGAAUUUCAAGUCUCAGUGCGGGUCAGGAGACCAGACGAGACGCCAGCAUGGAUGCGGCCGAGAAGAUGUCAGCAGAGGCGAGUGCAUCGGAUCCAGCCGUGUGUCUCAUUUGUCAGGACGGCUGCCCGGGUUUGCAGCCGCAUUCUUGGAGGAAAGCGUGCGUGGCGUGCGGCUGCAGCACGGCGGACCACGCGCCCGGUAGCCACGCCGAUGACGACCGGCGAAUGGGACGCCUGCUGGCCGACUCGCCCUGCGCCCACCUGACGGCCAAGGUGAAAGGGGGCGGCGGCCUCCGCCUGUACAAGAGGAACCGCAUGAUCGUGACCAAUCCGGUGGUGUCGCGCAAGGACCCCACCUUCAGCACCACCACCUACGACUGGGCGCCCGCCGGCCUCAACCAGAAGCUGGCCAAGCAGUACAUGGAGCUGAUCCCAGAGAGUCAGCGUCCCGUCUCCGGGACCGGGGGGGCAGUGCUGCGUCGCAGGCGCCUCCUCGGCCAGCUCCCCGCCCACGACCAGGACCCCAUGGCGUGUCAGAGCCUGGCCAACGAUGACGAGGUUUCCGCCAUGCUGCUGUUUGUGAAGCGCUACAAAAUGGAGGCGCUGGGCGUGGGCGAGGUGGCGCUGCCUGGCGACGGCGAGGCCCUGAGGGAGGCGGCCGAUCAGAGGGAAGCCAGGGAGCAAAACCACGGCGACAAGGAGGCCGCGGACCGCCACCCGGAUCGCGACGCCGUCGCCCCUGAAGAGUCCACCAAUGGCACAGAGAACAACACUCGAUACCGCUGCUCAGGUUGCGGCGGCGACGUCGCGGCUGAGAGCCCGGCGGUUUUUGCCGAGCGCGCCGGUUACCGAGCCGCCCUGUGGCAUCCCGCCUGCUUCGCGUGCGCCGAGUGCGGCCAGGGAUUGGCCGACCUGGUCUACUUCUGGUCCAAUCGGAGGCUCCUGUGCGGACGACAUUAUUGCCAGAGCGUCAGGCCGCGCUGCGCCGGCUGCGACGAGUUGAUCUUCGGCGAGUCUUUCCGCACGGCGCAAGACGGCCGCACGUGGCAUCGUCGUCAUUACUGCUGCUGGCGGUGCGGGCAAAGCCUGGAUACGCCCUGCCGCCAUUGACACGCGCGCACACACAAAGUACAGUAACAACAAAAUGUGUUUUUUUUUGGUUUUUUUUUUUUUUCCUUUCUGGAACUGAUUAAUGGCAUUUUCUAUUCACUUCAAUGGGGAAAAUUGAGAAGUCAAGGUAGCAGUGUCUCCAAUUCAAGCAUGUCGCUCCGCACGAGUGGAGUCUUGAAAGUGUCCUCGAGCGUCGUUUGGAGCUCUCAACGGGACUUUUAUGUCGGAGCCGACGCCGCCUCGAGACGCGUUUGGCUGAUUUAUCGGCUCGUAAAUGGCUGACGUGAUCCGGAUGCGAGCCAACACCAGCGUGCGCACAUGUUGGAAUGAGCUCAUAUUUGACAUUAAAGCUUUUCGGAAUUGCAUUAGGAGUAUUCUACUUUAAACGAUGUCAAAAUGGCAAAUUUCCUGAAAUCGUGGCUGGCAGCAACACAUCUGUAACGCUGAGUUUACAAACUUUUAAGAUUAAAAUGUUUUAUUGGAUUCUA